CCCAAGCUAACUGACUCCCUCGUUCCCGCCAAAUUCUUCCCGCCAAAAACUGUAGGGCAUAAUAUUUCACUUCUGCCCUACGACCCCAUCCCCCACCCUUCCUAAUCUACUAGUUGCAGAGAAGAAGAAGAAGAAGAAGAAGAGAUGUCGGGGUGGGACGAAGGAGCUGUUUUCUACAGCGAUCAAGCUCAGUUCCCCCGCGGUGGCGGUGAAUCCGACCAGUUCAAGGCCACUCGCCAUUCCGUCCUCCUCAAGUUCAAAGAGUUCAUCCGCAACUACGAAACCCAGAAGAAUGUGUUCCCUUACAGGGAGAGCCUUCUCCACAACCCCAAAUUCCUCCUCGUCCACAUGGAUCACCUUGAGUCCUUCGACGCCGAUGUCCACAGCAAGCUCCGCUCUUCACCUGCCGAUUACUUGCCUCUGUUUGAGACCGCAGCGGCAGAAGUACUUGCAAAUUUGAAAUCCAAAGUUGCCGGAGAAACUGGAGAAAUGGAAGAUCCGGUAACCGGUGAGGUGCAGAUCCUACUGACUUCGAAGGAGGAUUCAGUCUCCAUGCGAUCUCUUGGAGCUCAGUAUAUAUCGAAGCUUGUUAAGAUCUCCGGGAUAACAAUCGCUGCUUCAAGAACAAAGGCCAAGGCGACAUAUGUAACUCUUCUGUGUAAGAAUUGCAAGAAUACCAAGACAAUUCCUUGCCGUCCUGGACUUGGUGGGGCUGUUGUUCCUCGCUCAUGUGACCAUGUCCCUCAGCCUGGGGAGGAACCUUGCCCAAUAGAUCCUUGGAUUGUGGUUCCUGAUAAAAGCAAAUAUGUAGAUCAACAGACCCUGAAACUGCAGGAGAACCCUGAGGAUGUACCCACUGGAGAGCUUCCAAGAAAUAUACUUCUCUCUGUGGAUCGCCACCUCGUCCAAACAAUCGUACCUGGAACAAGAUUAACCAUCAUGGGAAUUUAUAGUAUCUAUCAAGCAGCCAAUUCUGCUGCCCAAAAGGGAGCUGUUGCAAUCAGACAGCCUUAUAUCAGGGUUGUAGGAAUGGAAGAAGCUAAUGAAGCCACCUCUCGGGGUCCCUCUGCCUUCACUCAGGAGGAGGUAGAAGAAUUCAAAAAGUUUGCUGGAGAUCCAAAUUCAUAUAAGAAUAUAUGUUCCAAGAUUGCUCCCUCCAUAUACGGUCAUGAUGAUGUGAAGAAAGCUGUUGCAUGUCUUUUAUUUGGAGGAUCAAGGAAGGAAUUACCAGAUGGUGUGCGAUUAAGAGGUGAUAUCAAUGUCUUAUUAUUGGGAGACCCAUCUACUGCUAAAUCACAGUUUCUUAAGUUCGUUGAGAAGACAGCUCCAAUUGCUGUUUAUACUUCAGGGAAAGGCUCAUCUGCUGCUGGUCUUACAGCUUCGGUGAUUCGUGAUGGCAGCUCGCGUGAGUUUUAUCUUGAAGGUGGAGCCAUGGUUUUAGCAGAUGGUGGAGUUGUUUGCAUUGAUGAAUUUGACAAAAUGAGGUCUGAAGACAGGGUUGCUAUUCAUGAGGCAAUGGAGCAGCAGACUAUAUCCAUUGCCAAAGCAGGAAUUACAACUGUUCUCAAUUCCAGAACAUCUGUGCUUGCAGCUGCUAACCCUCCAUCAGGACGUUAUGAUGAUCUAAAGACUGCACAGGAUAACAUUGAUUUGCAGACAACAAUUCUUUCCAGAUUUGAUCUGAUCUUCAUUGUGAAAGAUGUCAGGAUGUACAGUCAGGAUAAGCUUAUAGCUAGCCAUAUUAUAAAAGUCCAUGCCUCCGCUGGUGCAGCUUCAACUGACACUAGAGUUUCAAAAGAAGAGAAUUGGCUCAAAAGAUACAUACAGUAUUGUCGAACUGAAUGCCAUCCCCGCCUAUCAGAGUCUGCAGCUACCAUGCUGCAGAACAACUAUGUUAAAAUCAGACAGGAUAUGAGACAACAGGCAAAUGAAUCAGGGGAGUCUGCUGCAGUACCAAUUACUGUAAGGCAGCUGGAAGCUAUAAUAAGGUUAAGCGAGGCCCUUGCAAAGAUGAGAUUGUCUCAUGUUGCAACUGAGGAUCAUGUUAAAGAAGCAAUACGUCUCUUCAACGUUUCCACAAUGGAUGCAGCACGAUCUGGAAUAAAUCAACAUAUAAAUCUGACUGCUGAGAUGGCAAACGAGAUUAAGCAAGCUGAGACACAGAUAAAGAGAAGAAUGGGAAUUGGGAGCCAAAUUUCAGAGAGGCGUCUGAUUGAUGACCUCACCAGAAUGGGAUUAAAUGAGUCCAUAGUGAGAAGAGCUCUGCUGAUUUUGCACCAGAGAGAUGAAGUUGAAUACAAGCGAGAAAGGCGUGUUAUAGUUCGUAAGGCAUGAUUUUUUGGGAUUCUCUUUUCCUCUCGGGAAAAGAUAGUACCGAUGGAAGCAAUGGAAGAUUGUUCAUGCCACUGGAGUAACCGACAGUUUGUAUUCUCAAGAUGGAGUUGCUGGAUUUGGCCCCAAUUUAUAAUCUUAUACAUUCUGUCUGAUACCCGUGCAAAAUGCAACUUGUCAGCUUGUAAUAUACACCUAAUCAGCUAUAUGUUUUUUCUUUGUAUUUGAUUAUUAGACUGCAUUAAUAUACUGGUGUCAUUUAUCAGAGUCAAUGAUAAGGGCCCUUUCAUAACAGUUGGAGUGGCUGAACUGAAAAACU